AUGGGAUUUUUUCUAACGAUAGUAUUUGGUCAGAUACUUCAAACCAUAUUUUUUGGGCGAUUACGCGCUGUGGAGAUCGAGCAUUUAUAUGAGAGAUCCUGGUAUGCCGUUACGGAAACAUGCUUGGCCAUGACUAUAUUCCGAGACGAAUUCGACACUCGAUUUGUUAUAACAUUUACAACUUUAUUAUUUCUAAAAAUAUUUCAUUGGCUAUGUCAAGAUCGGAUGGAACAAUCACCGGCCGUGCCGAUGUCCUUUCACAUUCGAAUUGUCUCUUUAAUGGAGAUUCUAUGUGCUAUUGACAUGUAUUUAGUUUACCAUGCUGUUGAUGUCACGUUUAAACAUGGUCCAAAUAUGAUGAUUAUGUUUGCAUUUGAAUACUCUAUUCUUGGUGCCACGAUUAUAUCCACAUUACUUAAAUAUAUCUUGAAUGUUAUUGAUAUGAGACGUGAAGAUCCAUGGGAGAAUAAAUCAAUAUACGUUUUUUAUCUAGAACUCGUGACAGAUUUCUUCAAAUUAAUUACCUAUCUUAUCUUUUUUGCAAUAAUUCUCGUAUUUUACGAUGUCGAUGGCAGGCCUCAAGCUAGACAAGGGAAUAAUGGACUGGGAGAUGUUCCUAAAAAAUUACCCUGUGGUCAUAUUUUCCAUUUUCAUUGUUUGCGUAGUUGGCUGGAAAGACAACAGAGUUGUCCUACUUGUCGUAGACCCGUUUUGUCUGAACAGCAACCUACACCUACUCAACCACAAGCACGUCCCAUCCCACCUCAGCACAAUAAUCACAAUAAUGGACCGCAACCUCCUCAGCCUCAACCACAGUUGCCUGGAAUUCCUUUCGCGAAUCCACCCGGAUUCCUAACAAAUCCAAUCCCAGGAUUUCCUCCAAUGACAUUUUUCCCACCUCCCGGAAUGCAUGGACAAUGGCAUAUCCCACCCAAUCCCCUUGCUAACGUGAAUGAGCGUAAUGUUGAUGGGCAGGCAAAUGCGACAACAAGUCAGAAUGCACAACAAUCUGCACACCAAAGUACAGCUCAAAAUUCACAAAAUAACACGCAACUUAACACACCUAAUGUCAUAAAUCCAGGAGAUCGACCAUUAAAUGAGGAAGAAUCUGCUACAUCAUCUAGUGCUCAAACAACUAAUUCAGAGCGAAGACAAUCUCCAUCUGUGACGCCUAGAUGGUCAUGGGAUCCAAACGUUGCAUCAUUUAGGCAAUUAAAUUCUGCUCAACUGUCAUCGAUAGGAUACCAACCUUAUGUUUCACAAUUCUCUAUGAAUGUUCCACCUGGUUUAAUACCCCUCUUUCCUCUUCUACCUUUGAGGGAUAACGGUACCUCAAAUGUAGGAACUAAUACAUUAAGUCAUUUGUCAGAGGAUCAGAUCCGUCUCCUUGAAACAACAUCACGGGAAGCACUUGUUGAAAGGCUACGAAUAUUGCAGGAUACUCAAGGACAUAUUUACAACGCUAUUAGUAUGCUAACGCAGGUUAUAAGUGUACUACCUGAAGUUCCAUGUGAUGCAGACAUUCAAAAUAAUCGUCUAACUGUAAGGCGCAUUCCUCAGGGCGGUCCGCCAUAG